AUGAAUGCUCCAGGCGUUACUGUAUGGGCUGGUAUUUGGUCUGGAGGUAUUAUCGGACCUUUCUUCUUUCGUGAUACCGUUACCGCAGAGAGUUAUCUUGAAAAGCUAAGGGAUGAAAUUGUUCCUGCUAUUAAAAGUCGAAUGAAUUUAGAAGAGAUAUUUUACAUGCACGAUGGAGCACCAGCUCAUUAUGCUCAAUCCGUUCGAUACUUCCUGCAUGAAACAUUUCCUGAUCGGUGGAUUGGUCGACGUGGACCAAUUGAGUGGCCCGCACGGUCUCCAGAUUUGACACCAACCGAUUAUUUUUUAUGGGGAGUGAUCAAAGACCGCGUGUAUGCGACAAAACCUAAAGAUCUUCAAGAACUUGAAGAUGCUAUCAUUACAGAAAUGGAAAGUUUACCGGAAGAAUUAUGUCGAAGGGCUUGUCAAUCAGUACCUGAAAGACUACAACUUUGCAAAGACUUAGAGGGUAAACACAUUGAGCAAUAUUUGUGA